AUGUCAAACGCAUCUACGCCUACUCUUCCGUCAAGUUCCUCGGAACUAGACCGCUCACCUACUGUUGUUCGUGUAAAUGACGAGAAUUUCAAUAUUCCGUCCACCCAGCGGAAGAUUAUGAUUCGCCGUCUCAAGAAAGCCCUUCUAGAACAAGAAGUCCCUACCCCAUUCUGGGCCGUUGUUCAGCUGUGCGACCUUGAGAAGCUUGAGUACAUUGUACAAAUCGCCUACUUUUCACUGAAAAUGAUGGAUAUCCUGGCUGAUCUCGCUUGUGCUCUUCCAUUCAAAUGGACGGUGAAACCAUCUCCCUCCCAACUAGAUUCAGCAUUGCCGCCUUUCACUUUCGGUCUGCCGACAAAUAUUGCCCCAGUUGCAAUCUACGCCGCCAGAGAACGAGAUGGACACAAGUGCGUCCUCACCGGCACCCGCAAGGUCUAUCAAACCACUCAAAUCUUCCCGGCUGGCUUAGCCAGUUCCCGCUUGCACGAUGACCCGGCUUCGCCUACCAUUUGGAGGUUCGUGGAUAUGUUCUGGGGAAAGACCACAGUUCAAAGAUGGAGACGAGCCGUUUUCAAUAACCCAAUUGCACCCCAGAGCCCUGUCAAUGAUUGCUCUAAUCUGAUCUGCCUUCGCCGAGAUAUUCGGUCAGCAUGGACAUCUGGUUUGUUCGCCCUUCGCCCCGUCUGGAUUUCUAAGGAUAUGACCGAAAUGGAGCUUGAGUUUUACUGGCAGCCAAAGCAAAACCAUGGGCUGUACGACGUGGUUGAUUUGGCCAAGCUGCCUGUCUCUACGAAGAAAGUCAACAGCGUGGAUAAACUCGUCGUGGCUGUAGGGGUGCGAGGCCAACCAUCUUAUCGUGUCAUUGAAUCCGGCUACCGCUUUAGAAUGACAACGGACGACCCCGACCUGAGACCGCUUCCGAGUUUUGACUUGCUGGAUAUGCAGUGGCAUUUCAAUCGACUGAUCUCCUUGUCCGCUGCGGCCACCCUCUUCGACGAAGAUGAUGAGGAAUACGAUGACAGCUCAUCCAUGACUACCCAAUCCCAAAUGACUACCCAGCCCCAACCCAGCCCGAAGCAGCCUUCCGAGCUGGAAAAUGAGGACGACGUUCUGGCUUGGGUUAAUUCUUCUUUUUCAUCCGAUUCCCCUCCCGAAUCCGAAUUCGUAGAGGAUAUCAGCGCAUCGAUGAUUGGCCCUCUGCCAGGGUCCGACAUCAACCGUCCUCGCAACGUUAGCCAGACUUCGACGACUUCAGCGAGGUCAGCGAGGUCAGCGAGUUCAGAAGGUUCAGCGGGUUCAGCGGGUUCAGGAAGUUCAUCUAGUUUGAUGGAUGUGAUCUCUGGGACUGGCCAUCUAUCUAUUGACUUCUGA